AAGAAGCAGCAGUGGGAGAGGCGUGUGUGUGUUUGUGUGCUGAAAAUUCACUGAACUCGGAUUUAAUUAAAUAAAGUGGCGUUACAGUCGCCAUGGAUACAGACAUUUCAGUGUUUUCUGCUUGAGUGAGUGAGUGUGUGUGUGUGUGUGUGUGUGUGAGUGAGAGAGAAAUAAAAAGAAAAUGUUUGCAGAGCUGAACAGCAUUCUCAACACCAGCCCUGAUGACGUCACACAGAGAGAAUUUAUCCUGCUGUCAGACAGAAAGGCAGAUGCGUCGUUCCUCAUCCAUCACUUCCUCAGUUUUUAUCUGAAGGCUGGCUGUAAAGUGUGUUUUGUGGGUCUGGUUCAGUCGUUCAGUCACUACAGCGCUGUGGCUCAGAGGCUGGGAGUAAAUCUGGCGCAGGAGAGACAGAAAGGUCGGCUGGUGUUUGUAGAAGCUCUGAAGGCCUCGGCUGCUGUGAUGCUCAAUGAGAGCAGCAGUGAUGCAGCGCAGCUGUUUGAUUAUCUCAGAUCUCCGGUCCCGGAGCUCAGAGCUCUGUUUGAGUUUGUGCGUGCCUCUCUGAGUCAGGCUGAGGCAGACUCGAGUCGUCCUCCGGUGCUGAUUGUGGAUGACGUCAGUGUGUUUCUGAGUUUGGGUGUCAGCGUCAGAGCCGUUCUGGACUUCACACACUACUGUCAGGCCUUCGUCUGCUCCCAGCUCCAGGGCUGUGUUGUAACUCUGGUGCGAUGUGACGACUGUGAGGAUGAUGAUGAGGAGGAGAAUGAGAGCUCCAGCCGUCUCCUGCGGGCUCUGAGUCAUCAGUGCACUCUGUCUCUGAGCGUGGAGGGGCUUCAGACCGGUUACUGCAGGGACAUCCACGGCCAGGUGAAGAUUUGGUGGAGAGGAACAGGAGAGAACCUGCAGAGCCAGAGAAAGAUCUAUCAGUACAAAGUUUAUGACAAAAGUGUGUCCUUUUUUGCCCCGGGGACCUCGAGUGCCGUGCUUUAACUGUUCACCACGAUGACGAUGAUGGAGGACUCAUUGUGUUCCUUGGACUCUGAUGACUCUCAAACAAACAUCUUUAAACUUUUCAAUGCCCAACAUUUUCUUUUCAGUUUUCAGUGAUAUUGUCUUUUUUUUAUUUUUAGAAAAAAACAAAUCUAUCCCCUCAUCUGGGGAACAGGAUUAGAGGACACAUUCGAUGCUCCUUCCGAUUUGGACAAGUUUCACUGUGUGUGUUGCGUCUCAUUAAGUGUGUCCAUGUUGGAUUAAAUUCUCGUGUUGGA